ACGUGGCAGACAAGCGAAUGGCUGCGGCGGUUACCACCACUUUUAUCUCGCAACGACCACUUGUUGAAUGGCUUCUCCGCAACGACCAUUAAGUCCGAACAAAGCCCAGAUCGAGAGCAAAAUUUAGAGGCCCCGAGAGCCAGCGAGGAAGCCCGCCCUGCCAAGACCAGAGGGAAAUUAGUCGAAAUCAGGUCCCCGAGCGCGGCGGUCGGCUUACCCAAAACCCUUUUCGAAAGGCGCUGAGUUGGAAGGGGGAAAAUCCGCCCCGCAAAUCGCACUCGCCACCCACCCCCCGAGGACAGGCCUGCUGUGCACCUCUGCCACGCCCGCCUAGCCCUUCGUCGAGGAGAGAGCCAGAAAAAACCCGAGAAUAAGGGCAGGAGACCCCGAAAGAGGCGAGUUGAGAGGGACUUUUAGGGCGCCGUCGAGAGGGAGACACUCACACGCCGGAGGACCGUCGAGGAGGACGCAGCAGCCGCUCGCGCAAUGCAGAACCAAAAUGAACUCCUGGGAAGAGCGGAGGACUUUGCAGACCAGUUCCUGCGAUACAGUAAGAACUAUUUGCCGCACAUAGCCAGAUUAUGUCUGGUGAGCACCUUCCUUGAGGAUGGCCUGCGUAUGUGGUGGCAAUGGCACGAGCAGCGGGAAUACAUGGAUAUUUCAUGGGGCUGCGGGUACUUCAUUGCCACAUUGUUUGUGGUGAUCAACCUGGUGGGGCAGCUUGGGGGUGUGUUCAUGGUGCUUUUCCGCAAGAAGGUCGAAGUCGCGUGUGGACUCCUGCUCUUCAUUGUGGUCCUGCAGACCAUCGCAUACCAGAUCUUAUGGGACAUGCAAUUCCUGUUCCGCAACCUGGCCCUGGUGGGAGGCCUGGCGCUAGUGCUUGCCGAGAGUAAAAAGGAAGCGAGGUCUAUCUUUGCAGGUGUCCCCUCAUUGGGAGAGAACAAGCCCAAGACAUACCUCAUGUUGGGUGGCAGAAUCCUCCUAGUAUUCAUGUUUCUCACACUCGUCAGAUUUGAGUUCUCUGUGAUGCAGAUAUUCCAGAUUGUAAUUGGAGGUCUGCUGAUGGCCCUGGUGGCUGUCGGCUAUAAGACCAAGCUGAGCGCAUUCCUGCUUGUGCUGUGGCUUAAUGUCUUCAACAUUUACGUGAAUGCGUGGUGGUCCAUUCCUGCGUACAAGCCCAUGAGAGAUUUCCUCAAGUACGACUUCUUCCAGACGCUGUCAGUCAUCGGUGGUCUGCUCAUGCUGAUUUCACUGGGCCCGGGAGGUGUGAGCAUGGACGAACACAAGAAACAGUGGUAGAUUGUUAUUCCCUCCACCCCUCGUUUCCCCCCCUUUAACCCCUCCCCACUUUCCCUUAUCUUGUUUUUUAAAAAGCCACAAAUGUUUUAUUAGUAUGAGUUUGUGUUAAACCCUCAAGUUAUUGAAGAAUCCCCUUUUUAUUUAUUAUUAUAUUUUUUUUUUUUUUUUUUAGUUGAUAUAUCUUGUGCUUUUUUUUAUUGUUUUAUACAAGUGAGAGUAUCUGUUAGACUUUUGAAUGAUAAAGUAAACCCUAAGCCAAGUUACCGACCACUCUGUACAUAGAAGUAGAAGCCAUACUCAAUUGGACGUUCCACAAUGGUCAUCCACGAGACUUUGUGCUUCCCAUUUAGCAUCCUCCUUCACUGUGUGCGCAGGAGGAGCAAGAAAUUGCUAUGCUGGUCGGCAAAGGAACUGUUUUUAAGAUUGUUUUUGUAGGAAUUAUAUUUGUUUUAAGAAUUCUUUUUGGUGUAUUAACGAUGUGUUCAGUUGUUUUGCAGUGGUGUACUGUAGAAGGGUGUUAUUAACUUUAUGGUGUACAUUCAUAAUGAAUGUGUAAAGAAUAUUGCUCUUGCAUUCUUGCUCUUGGCUUUGCGCAGUGGGUCUUUUUUUAUGGUGUUUGGUGAAAAGGCUAAUGGAAAUCAUGGUGUCAAGCCUGAAAUUGUUAAACUGUGCAUACUUUUACAGCCUGGAGAGGAACAAGUUUGCUUUAUUAUUUUUUAUUUUUAUUUUUAUAAUUUUUAAAAUUCUUGCCAUGUCUUGGGGCUUCUGUCACUUUUUUCAGGGUUCUAACCAUUUUCUCAUGUACCAUGUAAGGAUACAGUGCUAUAGGAUGGAUGGUUUUAGAGCAACAUUGCAAUUACCAAUGAGGCAACUCUUAGCUUGUGGGAUUACUGCUGUCAUGGCCAGUGUUGGGGCUUUGCUUUUGAGAUUUAGCUAAAUAAAGUGAUCCAUCAGGCAGAAUUGGCCAUCUGCACAAAGUCCCAUAGGCAAGUGGUUGUGCAUUGGAUUUUUUUUUUUUUUUUUUAUGUAUAAUUUUAUGUCCUUGGGGGUGGAAUAUGGCCAGACCCCAGAGCACAAGGGGAGCGGCAGGUCCUCCAACGACCUUGUCUUUUUACAGUUUAUUUAUUUUAUUAUCUUAAACUUGUUAGCGUGUUUGAUUGUUUUUAUACAUAUAUCUCGAUCUCUGCUCCCAUGCUUCUAGAUUUUCUCAAUUCCAUAUAUGCACAGAAAUGUUUUUCAUGUGAAUUGUAAGUGAAGUAAAUAUAAUAAUAAUAAAUCUUUUAAGAAUAAUAAAACCCAGAGGGCUAGUUUUGUAGAAAAAUGUUGACACAAAAAUUACAAAAAAAAAGACAAAAAAUCUACAAAAUACAGGAUAGAAAGAACAGGAACUAUGUGGGGGCAGACCCGUGUAGAUCCAAUUUUCUCCCGAAGCAUUUCAGUGCCUCGGGAAGUUUUAUAUUUAUCAAUUAAGAUUUUAAAAGAGCAGAUGUACCACUCUAUCAGGUGACCUAGGACAAAAGCAAAAUGGUGAAUAACACUGUAACUUGUGUUAAAGUGGCUGUUAAUAAUAAAAAUGGUCUUCUUAAUUUUGGAUUUUUUAACUUUCAUUAAAUUUGCUUCACAAAUUUUUUGUAUAGUGAGCAAGUAUUAUGUAUGGAUGAAUUUUUUGUUUAUAUAUUUUUUUUUACUUGAUUGGAUUUAUGAAUAUUGAUGUAGCUUUGGUUUAUUGGCAAGAAUAACCUAAUUUUAUUGUACGUUUCUUACAUCAACUGUUGUUGGGUUUCAAGUCAGUUGUGUACAGCUAUAAUCUAAAUUUGGUAUCUAAAGAUAUUAAUAUUUUAUUUCCAAAAGUUUUAGAAGAGAAAAUGUAGGAAAAAUGAUGCAUACUAAUCUCAAUCAAAUGAGAAUUGCUUACUGAAUGCCGAGAGAUUCGUUCUGGACCUCAAAUGUUGUGAUGUUAAAUUAAUGAUAUAUAUGUAUAUAUGUAUAUGUAUGCAUAUAGUAAUGUUAGUAAGCUUGUAAGAGGAUCUUAUAUGCAAAUCAUGACCAUAUUUUUUUUUUUUUUUUUUUUCUUAUAAAUAUUUAAUCAGCUAUUCUCUCGUUCAUUGAGAAAUAAUUUAUUUUCUCUCAAAGCUUUCAAUUAAACACAAAGAAAAUGCGUCAUUUGUAUGCUAGUUGAUUUACUUUAACAAUUUUAAUUUGUUGCUCAAGAUUAUAAAUCUAUAAUAAGCAAAUUCUUUUAAGGGAAGUUAAUAUGGGGAGGAGGUGGCCUUUUUUUGGAAUAAGUACAAAAAAGGAAAAGAUGGUUAGCUACUGAAGUGCGUCUUUAUUUUUUUAGAUUCGCGUCCAGUUCUAAUAAAGUCUUUGUACAUUGUUUAGCAUCUUUGUAACAGUUUAUUUUAUGGGAAUUCUAGAGAGCGAUUUGUUAAAUUGUUUUUGGCAGAAAUGUAAAUUCUUUUGUAGUUGGAUUAUCAUUUUAUAUUUUUUUUUUGUAUUGUGCUUGGGUGUUUAUAUACACAUCAUUAUGUUUUCAAUAUUGAAUUUUGACUUUAUAUCACCGUUAAAAGAAUUUAUAUACAUUUAUAUACACCAAGUAAAAAUACAUCUGUUCUGUAUUUAUA